AUGACAGUGUGUAAGCUGUUUAAACUUCUUCUCUGGAAAAAUUAUAUCUUAAAGAAGCGCAUGUUUUUAUCAAGCCUCUUAGAAAUCAUAUUGCCAUUGCUGUUUUCUGGAGUUUUAAUUUCACUUCGUUUGAAGAACAAACCAGUACAUAAGGAAUCUGUAAGAUACGGACCUUUAUACAUUGAUGAGCUUCCCGAAAUAUUGAGUACCAAUUUUCCAUCAGAUUUCUUGUCUAUAUUUUAUAUGCCUCCUGAGAGUGAUGUUGUGAAGAAUAUUGCUGAGAAAGUGGCAGAGUCCUUCCAGUUUGGUUUAAGAGUUAAUGAAUAUACCAAAGAUAAUUUUGCUGAAGCAGGCUUCCCAUACAUGAUGCUUUCUUUAGUUGUUUUUAAUCAUAUGUUCAGAAACAGAAGUGAAAAGCUGCCACUUAAGGUUGACUAUGACCUACGCUUCCCCUUCCGCCAAAAGUUUUUUCGUUAUGAUGAGAUAGAGGGCACAGGACAAGUUGUGGAUGGAUGGAAUACACACCUUCUUCUUCCACUUUAUGCAAUGUCAGGAUCCAGACAUCCUUCUGCUACUGAUGGAGGAGUGCCUGGAUAUUUCCGAGAAGGGUUUCUGUCUCUGCAACAUGCUUUCAACAGAGAAAUCAUGCAUUAUCAUAUGAAUGACUCUAUGAUUCAGCUGUAUGAGAAUAUCACCGUUGUAAUGAAGAGGUUCCCGUUUCCAUCUUUUGUUCAGGACCCAUUCGUUUCAGUCUUAGAGAACAAUUUUUCCUUGUUGCUCAUGCUAAGCUUCCUUUGCACCUCAGUCUUCAUCAUCCGUGCCAUUGUUCAGGAAAAAGAAAGAAAACUGAAGGAGUAUAUGCGCAUCAUGGGACUUAACAACUGGCUGCAUUGGAGUGCAUGGUUCUCCUUGUACUUGCUUCUCUUCAUUUUUAUUAUCUCAGUUAUGAUUAUAAUCUUCUCUCUGAAGGUGCGUUAUAAUGUGUCAGUGCUUACAAAAAGUGACCCAACUUUGGUGUUUUUCUUUCUGUUAUGUUUUGCCGUUGCCACCAUCUCCUUCAGCUUUAUGAUUAGUGUGUUCUUCAGUAAAGCUAACCUAGCAGUCGCCACAGGAGGUAUUCUCUAUUUCUUCUCCUAUCUUCCAUUCUUCUACAUCAGUUUUAACAUCUUCAGCAUGACUCAUUAUAUGAAACUACUCUUCUGUCUCUUUUCAAAUGUUGCCAUGGCCUUGGGAGUACUGUUUAUGAUCAAACUUGAAGGAAAAGGGUCAGGUAUUCAAUGGAAACAUGUGUUGAGGAUUUCCUUGUCUGAGAAAUUUGGCUUUGGAGAGGUGCUAAUAAUGCUGCUAAUUGACAGUGUCUUAUAUGGCUUGGUAACCUGGUAUGUGGAGGCUGUCUUUCCAGGGAAAUAUGGUAUACCUCAGCCUUGGUACUUCUUCAUUAUGCCCUCCUAUUGGUCUGGAAAGCCAAGGCAUGAUCCAAAGAAGAAAGAGCUGGAGAAUGAGUGUAAUAAGCUUCGGAAAAACCCUUUUAUUCAGGAUGAACCUAAAGACUUGUUUGCAGGAGUAAAAAUUUGUAAUCUGUCAAAGAUAUUUAAGUCAAGGAGUGCCAUUAAAUAUGCAGUAAGAAACCUGUCACUGAACAUGUAUGAGGGGCAGAUCACUGUGCUUCUUGGACAUAAUGGAGCUGGGAAGACCACUACCCUGUCCAUACUGACAGGUCUUCUCCCUGCUACAAGUGGAGAGGCAUGGCUCAGUGGGUAUGAGGUUUCACAGGACAUACAUGAGAUCCGGAAAAGUCUGGGCUUAUGCCCACAACAUGACAUCUUGUUUGAUUACUUGACAGUUGCUGAACACCUUUCCUUCUAUGUUCAGUUGAAAGGAAUAAGUGAUAAAGACUGCUCUAAUGAAAUCAAUUAUAUCUUGAAUAUUCUUGACCUGGAGAAUAAGCGCAACACGAUUUCAAAGUCCCUGAGUGGAGGGAUGAAGCGCAAGGUCUCCAUUGGCAUCGCACUCAUAGGAGGAUCUAAGGUGGUGAUGCUGGAUGAGCCAACAUCAGGCAUGGAUCCAGUCUCACGGAGAAGUAUAUGGGACCUCCUUCAAAAUCAGAAAAGUAACCGCACAAUUCUAUUGACUACCCACUUUAUGGAUGAAGCUGAUCUUCUGGGAGACCGCAUUGCCAUCAUGGCCAAGGGGGAACUGCAGUGCUGUGGUUCUUCACUUUUCCUCAAACAAAAAUAUGGUGCAGGAUACCAUAUGGUGAUGGUGAAGGACCAUCACUGUAACCUACAUGAAAUUGAAAAUCUGAUUUAUGGACAUAUACCGAAUGCCUCUUUGGAAAGCAAUAUGGGAGCUGAGUUAUCAUUUAUCCUGCCCAAAGAAAAUGUACACAGGUUUGAAGCUUUGUUCGAAGAACUGGAAGAGAGACAACAAGAGUUGGGUAUCUCUAGCUUUGGGGCUUCUGUUACCACUAUGGAAGAAGUCUUCCUUAGGGUUAGCAAACAGGUCGAUUCCAGCAUGGAUCUUCAGGCCAUCCACCUCCCUUCUAUAGCAGAAAUGCCCAGUCUCAAAUCAAAGAAGAAAAUGGAUCUCACUACCUACUCCAAGGACAGUAAAUUAAGUGUGCAGUACAACUCUUACAUAAGACUCUCACAGUUCAUGCUUCAUUGCCAGAAAAUCUACGCCAUGUUUAUUAAGAAGGUAUUAUUCACUUGGCGCAACUGGAAGAUGACAUUAGCACAGGCAGUUGUUCCUCUGCUUUGUGUCAUGUUCAGUAUCGAGGUCUUUCGAAGGAAUUUAAGGUUGGAGAAAACCCCCAAGCUACUUCUGACUUUGAACAAGUAUGGCCGUACAACUGUGCCUUUCUUCAUCUCUAAGACUUCUAGGCUGCCGACAAAAUUCUCAGAUCACUUAUCAAAGACUAUUAAAGCUGAGGGACACAUACCACUGGAAGUUAUGGGAAGGGUCCCUGCUUCCUUGCUAUCACAAGCAUUAGUGCUCCUCUAUGCUCUAGACUUGUGUCCAGGGCUCCUGCUCCCUUGUGAGGAACACAAGUGCUCCUCUCUGUCCUGGAACUGUGACCCAGAACCGGAUCCUAUAGAAGAUUUCCUGCUAUUGAAAGCAGUAGAGGAAUGUGAUACCUUCGAUGAACAGUUUAUUAUGGCAAUGUCCUUGCAAGAUGUGGAGAAUCAAACAGUCAUCACUACUCUAUUCAAUAACCAGGCUUACCAUAGUGCUCCCAUGGCCUUGUCAAUGGUGGAUAAUAUUCUCUACAAGUGGUUUUUUGGCUCUGGGGCUUCCAUUACAGUCACCAACAACCCUCAGCCAAGGAAACUGAGAAGGACUAGUCAGACAGCUGAAGAACAAGGAGAGAAGGGCUUUAAGGGAUAUCUUAUUUCCAUUUCCUUGAUUUUUGGAAUGUCAUUCAUGGUCAGUUCAUUUGCUAUUCUGGCAAUCAGUGAACGAGUCUUAAGGUCGAAACAUAUUCAGUUUAUCAGUGGAAUCUCUAAAACUCAUUACUGGUUUGCUUCCCUAUUGUGGGAUUUAACCAUCAUCUUCAUUAACGGCUUGCUACUACUGGUCUUAAUGAAAGUCAUGGAUGAAAAAGCUUACAUCCAUAGAGCUACCAUAAUUACAUUAAUGUUGCAUGGCUGGUCUGUCAUACCUUGCAUGUACCUGUUGAGCUUCUUCUUCUCUGGUGCUGCUUCUGGGUGUGCCAAGCUCAUAAUUCUGAACAUCGUUUCAGGCAUUAUUCCAUUCAUCUUUUCUAGCUUCGCAGUUACAAAAGGAAUAAGGUUUCAAAAUUUUAACCUAACUGUAGAUACGCUAUUCCAGUUACUACCAAAUUAUGACCUAGCAAUGGCUUUCUCCAAUUUGUAUUAUAACUAUAGAUUCAAAGAGUUUUGUAAAGUUUUUGAAAUUCCACGGAAUCAGUGCCAAAAAUUUAGCCGUGGUUUGAUAAUUCAAGAGAAUAUCUACGCAUGGCAGCCUCUUGGGAUUGGAAAGUAUUUGAACGCCAUGGCUAUAACUGGCUUUAUUUUUUUCCUCCUGCUUUUCUUCAUUGAGAGCAACUUCUUCUGGAAACUGAAAAUCUCUUUCCGUAAGAUCUUUGGGAGAGAGAAAUUGGUGAGUGGUAUAUCCCCCACCAGAAAUUGGUCUCCAGUACAUACUGAGCCAUCUCUGAUUUUCAAAGACGAGGAUGUGGAAAAUGAGAGAGAGAGAAUUCUGACCUCACUUCAAGAACUGUUGCAGGACACCCCUCUAGUCGCUAAAGAACUCACCAAGGUAUAUAGCCAUAGGAAGAAAACUAUCCUUGCUGUGAAUAGAAUCUCCUUUACAGUCCAGAAAGGAGAGUGUUUUGGGCUGCUGGGCUUCAAUGGAGCUGGGAAAACCUCCACCUUCAAAAUGCUGACCAGGGAAAACAUGAUCACAUCUGGAGAUGCCUUUAUCAAUGGAAAGAGCAUCCUCAGUAAUCUCAAUACGUUGCAGGGACAAAUCAGCUACUGUCCUCAGUUUGAUGCCCUGCUGGACCACAUGACAGGACGGGAAACUUUAACCAUGUAUGCCCGGAUAUGGGGCAUUCCCCAGCACCAAAUCAAAUCCCAUGUGAAUAAUAUAAUAUUCAAGCUGCUCCUGGAUUCCCAUGCAGACAAACUUGUCAGAAACUACAGUGGUGGCAACAAGCGUAAGCUGAGUACUGGUAUUGCCCUUUUGGGAAAUCCCUCAAUUGUCUUCCUGGAUGAGCCAUCCACUGGUAUGGAUCCUGUGGCUCGACGCCUGCUCUGGAAUGCAGUGACUGAGACCCUUAAGACUGGCAAGGCCAUCAUCAUUACCUCCCACAGCAUGGAAGAGUGUGAAGCGCUGUGCACCAGACUGGCCAUCAUGUUGAAUGGACAUUUCAAGUGUCUGGGCAGCCCACAGCACCUCAAGAGCAAAUACGGGAGUGGCUACACCCUACUGGCUAAAAUUAAAAGCCACGUCAUUGAGGAAGAAAAGAUGGAAGUUGAGAAAUUCAAAACCUUUGUGAAAGAGACCUUCCCAGGCAGUAUCCUUGAGGAGGAGCACCAAGGGAUGGUCCAUUACCACUUGCCCAAAGAGAACCUCAAAUGGUCAAAGGUGUUUGGUAUCUUGGAAGAAGUCAAAGAGGAGUAUAAAUUGGAGGACUAUUCCAUAAGUCAAGUCUCACUGGAACAAGUCUUCUUGAGCUUUGCCCAUUUGCAAAAGACGUUGAAAGAAGACUGA